AUGGCAACAACUACGACAUCGACAAGAACGGAGUCCUUCACGAUCUCCACCGCUCCCAAGGAUGGCGAAGGAAACGGACGAAAAAACACUUCUUUGAAUCCUAGCGGCGAUCCUGGGUUGGCAUUCCCAGAUGACGACCAAACUUUGCCGCCGGUCUUCACGGACAAAUACAAGGAGAGGCAAUUUCUCAAACACCGUCUUGCAUUGGCAUUCAGAAUUUUUGGAAAACAUGGUUUUGGGGAGGGCGUGGCUGGACACAUCACAUUGCGAGAUCCCAUUGACCCGAACACAUUUUGGGUGAAUCCCUUUGGAAUGGACUUCUCUUUGAUCACAGAGGAUGACUUAAUCUUGGUGGACUCCAAUGGUAAAGUCAUUGAUGGUGGACGAAACAGACUCUUGAACUACGCUGCAUUUGCAAUCCAUUCCGAGAUACAUCAUGCGAAUCCAAAGAUUAUGUGUGCUGCCCAUUCACAUAGUCUGUGGGGCCGAGCUUUUUGUGCAACUGGCCGUGAAUUACAAAUGCUCUCACAAGAUGCUUGCGUUUUCUACAAGGAUCAUGCAGUCUACCGCAAUUUUGCAGGUGUUGUCCUCGACGCCGAGGAAGGCAGACAUAUCGCAGCCUGCUUAGGGAAGAAGAAAGCCCUCAUUCUUGCCAACCAUGGCCUUCUGACAGCUGGUGCAACCAUCGAAGAAGUCGUGGCUUGGUUUAUCCUAUUUGAGAAGGUGUGUCAUAAUCAGUUGAUAGCCGAUGCAUCCUCUGCCGGGAGUGGAGUUCCAUUGGUCGAAAUAGGACCAGCUGAGGCUCAGUCGACAUGGGAAGCACUGGGACAUAGCAGGGCCGGAUACUUUAUGGGAUUGCCCAAAUUCCAGGUGGCGGAGUGGGAGGAAUUUGGUGAAAGGACCUUCCUGGGAAAGGGCUUGGAGCCUUUGUGA